CUGGAGAAUGGACCCGAAAAGUUGCGUCAGGGCGGGUGCAAACCCCACUGCCGGGGUUCUGCCGCAUUCUUUUUUUCGCGUCAACGGUGGUCCGUGCUCGCUUUCCCAGCGCACAAACGGAGUCGGCAAGCCCUGACAAAAUUCAACACCAUCCUCUAGAAAUUUCAACCGCCUUAGAGGAACCGUCAACACCACUCGUCGCACUUCAAGUCAACGAACCCGUUCCCCCCCAAAAUUCGACAAAAUGGCCAAGCGCACGAAGAAGGUCGGAGUGACCGGAAAGUACGGUACCCGUUACGGUGCCUCCCUGCGUAAGCAGGUCAAGAAGAUGGAAAUCUCCCAGCACGCCAAGUACACCUGCACCUUCUGCGGCAAGCCUACCGUCAAGCGCCACUCCACCGGCAUCUGGAACUGCAGAGGCUGCAACAAGACCGUUGCUGGCGGUGCCUACACUGUCGCCACCCCCGCCGCUGCUGCCAUGCGCUCCACUCUCCGUCGUCUGAGAGAGAUUGCUGAGGUUUAAGGGACGGGAUUACGAAUGGUAGAUGGUUUCUGCUUUGCAUUUCGGGCGGUGUUGGGAAAAUCGGAUAUCGUGCCUACAUCCUGACGAUGGCCAUAACGGAACGGGUCUUCGGUCAGCUGCCAGAGGGACCAUUUGGUCAGCAAUGAAAAGAACUUGACGUACAACGAAACGUCCCCUCCCGAUCGCUUCCCCCUCCGUCCUUGAGAUACGCCCACCGACCUGCUCAGGCAAGUCACAACGUGAAGUGGUGAAGAGCGUUCCGAGGUCAUUUGGCAGGGCGUGUGGAGUUAGUUGGCAUGGAUAGAGUCAUCGACCCCGUCACUUCAGCCGCGUGGUUGAAGCGUCGAAGCGGGCCACCCAACAUCAAAAAAGAUUUGCUCCAGUCGUCAUGAAAGA